UUUUUGCAAGAGUGUCACCCUGUUCUUAGGCUGGGGUGCAGUGGCAUGAUCUCGACUCACCGCAACCUCCGCCUCCCAGGUCCAAGCAGUUCUCCUGCCUCAGCCUCCCAAGUAGCUGGGAUUACAGGCGCGUGUCACCAUGCCUGGCUAAUUUUUGUAUUUUUAGUAGAGACAGGGUUUCACCAUGUUGGUCAGACUGGUCUCAAACUCCUAACCUCGUGAUCCACCUGCCUCAGCCUCCCAAAGUGCUGGGAUUACAGGCGUGAGCCACUGCACCUGGCCAGAUUUUGCAUUUCUAACAAUCUCUAAGUGAUGCCUGUGUUGCUGGAACUGUCCUAAAUGCUAGACAAGCUUCAGGCAAGGUUCUGAGUGAUGAAGACAUGGUAGCCUCCUAAGGAGAGCUGCCCUCUGCCCUUGACUGGGGCUUGCUAAACACUAACCAUCUUGGAUUCUAAACUUGCUGCAGUCAUCACCUUUUCUCCAUCCUUCUGCCUCCUACCACCUCUUCCUUCCCAGAUGGGUUAAAAUCCCAUGCCUCUGCUCUAGACCUUGGCUGGGCUCCACAGAGUCUCAUGACUCUUCACUCAGCCAGGUCUAAGGUACUGCUUAGGUGAGGUGCUUUUCUGGCUGGCUGACCUUGCCCCUACAAGCUUGAACUUAAUAAAUUAGUUUAACUUUCAAAUUCCUGAGAUGCCACACUAUCUCUCCUGGGUAUCUCCCUGGAAAAAUUUUCCACUGUUGGGAAAGCACUCCUUAGCCUGACCACCCACAGACAUUAUGAUAAUGCAUUGACUCACUAGACAAUUAGUGACCCUGAAAAAGGCCAUGACUUGUUUUAUUUUUAUUUCGAUGCUUACAAUGUAAUGACUGACUUCUUACCUGCCCUACCUGCUUAUCUUUUUAAGUUCUGGAUACCCUGGUUGCAGAAAACUCAGACUUAACUUACUUUCUAAGUGAACUUUCUCACUACAAAAGUAAUACAUAUUUGUUUGAGAACUUAGAAAAUACAAGCAAGAAGAAAGUGAAAACAUGAGUAGCUAUCACCCAGAGAUAAACAUUGUAACAUUUUGCCUCAAGGCCUUGCAGUCUUUAUACAUAAAUUAUGCUUUAUAAAAUCUGGCUUAUGCUACAUAGUCUCUCUUUCCUUUUGUUUUCCUUCCUUUCUUCCUUACCUUUCCUCUUCCCUUCCCUCCCCUUCCCUUUUCCCUCCCUCCCUCCGUCCCCCUCCCUUCCCUCCUUCCUUCCUUUUCCCUCUCCUUUUCUUCUUUUCUUUCUUUCAUAGGGUCUUGCUUUGUUGCCUAGGCUAGAGUGUAGUGGUGCGAUCUGGGCUCACUGCAGCCUUGACCUCCUGGGCUCAAGUGAUCCUCCUAAGAUAACAGGCAUGUGCCACCAUGCCCAGCUAAUUUUUUUUUUUUAGCAGUGGUGUUGCUGGUCUUGAACUCUUGGGCUCAAGCAAGCCUCCCAUCUUGGCCUCCCAACGUACUGGGAUUAUAGGUGUGAGCCACACCUACAGGCACCAUUUUUAAACUGCUUUCCCCUUCGUUUACAGUAUACUGUGACCAUUUUUAUAAGUCAAUGAAAAUCUUUCUGUCAUCAUUUUAAAUGAUUAUGUAGUUUUCCACUUAAUUGAUGGGGUUUUGGAGUGUUUUCAAUCAUUUGUGAUUAAAAUAAAACUACAAUGAAUAUCCUCACUCAACCAAAAUAUAUCUUUUUGUUACUUCUGGGGAAUUAUAUGAUUAGGUCGAAGUAGAUGAACUUUUUUAUGUUUUCUUAUGUUGCCAAGCCAGAAAGUAUGACUUCCAAACGCUCGAAUACCAAACCAGGUUCUUUGGACUAAAUCAGUGUCUCAAAACCCCACUAACCUCAGUUAACCAAUAGUGACACCAAAAAGCAGGGAAUUCCAGAGAUGAGAGGAACUUGGAGGUCAUCAGUGAUCAUAUGCCUCUUGUCUGUAGCUCAGAAAGAGGAGAAUUACUUAGACAUUUUCCUUAGAGAUCUAAAACUUCCUAAAGUCCACAGUUUUCUUUUCACACAAUUCUAGACUAACUUAAAAUCAGCAAUCGUUUUUGCAUUUAUUCUUCCAUUUAAUAUUUAUAUAUUUAAAAUGAGGGGAUUAGAUCAGUAGGGGAUUGGUGAAGUGAUUUAUGGUACAGCCAUUUGGUGAAAUAGAAUACAACCAUUAAAAAUCGAAGAUCUUUUUUUCUUUUUGAGACAGAGUCUCACUCUAUUGCCCAGGCUGAAGUGCAAUGCAGUGACACAAUCUCAGCUUACUGCAACCUCCGCCUUUUUCUUUUUUUUGAAAGGGAAUCUCACACUGUCACCAGGGCUGGAGUGCAAUGGUGUGAUCUCGGCUCACUGCAAUCUCCACCUCCUGGUUUCAAGCAAUUCUCCUGCCUCAGCCUCCCAAGUAGCUGGGAUUACAGGAGGCUGCCACCAUGCCCAGUUAAUUUUUGUAUUUUUAGUAGAGACAGAGUUUCACCAUGUUGGCCAGGCUGGUAUCCAACUUCUGACCUCAGGUAAUCCACCCACCUCAGCCUCCCAAAGUGCUCAGAUUACAGGUGUGAGCCACCACGCCCGGCCAAAAACCAAAGAAGGUCUUUAUGUACUAAUACAGAACGAUAUCUCAAAUACAUCAUCAAAUGAAGAAAAGAAAAAUGCAGAAGAGUGUAUAUAACACACAUAUUUGUGUAAAAAGGAGGAAAAGGAAUACAUAGAUGUUUUGCCAUGGAAAUGCUGUUUGUGUAUGCAUAAAACAUCUUUGGAAAGAUACACAACAAACUGAUGGUAUAAUACUUAGAUUUCCAGGGAAACCAGGUGGCUGGGAAGAGAAAGUUUUCACUAUGAAAUCAAACCAUUCACGUGCUCAACCAUGUAAAUAUAUAACCUAUUUAAAAAUCAAAUUUGGACAUGGUGACUCAAGUGUAAUCCUAGCACUUUUGGUAGGUGGAUUGCUGGAGCCCAGGAGUUUUGAGACCAGCCUAGGCAAUGUGGAGAAACCCCAUCUCUACAAGAAAUACAAAAAUUAGCCAGCCACAGUGGCAUGCACCUGUAGUCUCAGGUACUCAGGAGGCAGAGGUGGGAGAAUUGCUUAAGCCCAGGAGGUUGAGGCUGCAGUGAGCUGUGAUCAUGCCACUGCACUCCAGCCUGGAUGACAGAGUGAGACUGUCUCAAAAUAAAUAAAUACAUAAAAAUUAAUGUAAAAAAACACAAAAUGAGGAAACUGGGGCUUUUGAUUACAUCACCAAGCAGAUACGUUUAUUUACUUAUUUAUUUCUCAAGCACUACUGAAUAUGUCAGUAAAGAAAUAAGGGACCAGACAUGGUGGCUCACGCCUGUAAUCCCAGCACUUCUGGGAGGUCAAGGUGGGCAGAUCACCUAAGGUCAGGAGUUCGAGACCAUUCUGGCCAACAUGGUGAAACCCCGUCUCUACUAAAAAUAUAAAAAUUAGCCGAGCAUGGUGUUGGGUGCCUGUAGUCCCAGCUACUCCAGAGGCUGAGGCAGGAGAAUCGCUAGAACUCUGGAGGUGGAGGUUGCAGUGUAUCAGUAUCACUCCACUGUAUUCCAGCCUUGGUAACAGAGCAAGACCAUGUCAAAGAAAGAGAGAUAGAGAGAGAAGAGAGGAGAAGAGAAGAGAGAAAAGAAGAGGACCAUAGGUACAAACAGAAUUUGAGUGGGAACAAAAGAUGGGCCAUGUGAACAGACUGGUCAUAUAACAAUAAUUGUUCUGGUUAACAUUUACUGUAUUACUGUGUGCCAGGCACUGUGUUAUUAUAUGACCCCGAUCACCUUGUUAAUCUGCAGAUUGAGUAGGUAGGUGAUUAUGGCCGUUUUCAGGUGAGGAAACUGAGGCUGGCAGAAGUUAACUGAUUUUCUCAAGUCUCCAUCGCUAGUUAAGUGGAGUUUGGACUCUCAGUGAGUACUGAAUUCUGACCUAGAAGUAUGCCUGGCUUGAGAACACUGGCUCUUCGGGUAGAUGCUCAACUGCCUCUCUCCGACUAUUUUUUCUGCUGUAUUAAUGGCCACUGUUGUUAGAGCCGUUUGUAUUUUGGUUGCAGGGGCUCAGCAGGAAGAAGGAUCCAUCUGGGCAGAAGCCAGGAGUUGAGGCGGGUCAGCCACAGAGGGCAAGUGGAACCGGAGGGGAUGGCAGGAGAUCAACCCAUCCAGAACAGAGGCCUGCAAGGAUGAGUGCACUUCAACCCCCUCGGAGCAAAAGCCAGAGUGACUCACAGGAGGAAGACAAAGCAAGCAAAGCCUCCAGGGUGUGCAGGGAGUCCAAAGUCACCAGAAGGAAGAAGAAAACCUGAAACAGCCAGAGCUGGCCAAGCCUGCUAGGACCUAUGCAAAUGAGACCCACCCAUGCUGCCUGGAAAUCGGGCCUGGGAAUUCAGAAAACAAAGCUCAUGUGUGCAGGGCUGCAGGGACGGGUGGAGGAGGCUUCGGCUCUGAGGGAGCAGCAGCUCAACUCUUCAAAUUAUUCAAAUGACCCGAAGAGAAACAGAGAAAAGCCAGGUGUUUCUGUUUGAAGUGGAGAAGCAAGGCCGGGGUGUGCCUCCCUCCAGCUCCCCCCUUGAACUCCCUAAGGUUGAAGGGAUGGCCAUCUCUAAGAUCUCAGCAGGCUGAUCGGCUGUGUGCUAAGAACAAAGCAGAUGGCAGCAAGGACGACUCCCACGAGGCCUCCCCGUGUGUGGCUGAGGAUGGCUGAGCAGCAGGGCCGGGAACUCGAGGCUGAGUGCCCUGUCUGCUGGAACCCCUUCAACAACACGUUCCAUACCCCCAAAAUGCUGGAUUGCUGCCACUCCUUCUGCGUGGAAUGCCUGGCCCACCUCAGCCUGGUGACCCCGGCCCGGCGCCGCCUGCUGUGCCCGCUCUGUCGCCAGCCCACGGUGCUGGCCUCAGGGCAGCCGGUCACUGACUUGCCCACAGACACUGCCAUGCUCACCCUGCUCCGCCUGGAGCCCCACCAUGUCAUCCUGGAAGGCCGUCAGCUCUGCCUCAAGGACCAGCCCAAGAGCCGCUACUUCCUGCGCCAGCCUCGAGUCUACACGCUGGACCUUGGCCCCCAGUCUGGGGGCCAGACUGGGCCACCCCCGGACACAGCCUCUGCCACCGUGCCUACGCCCAUCCCCAUCCCCAGCCACUACUCCCUGAGGGAGUGUUUCCGCAACCCGCAGUUCCGGAUCUUUGCCUACCUGAUGGCCGUCAUCCUCAGCGUCACUCUGCUGCUCAUCUUCUCCAUCUUUUGGACCAAGCAGUUCCUGUGGGGUAUAGGGUGAGCACUGUUCCCAGACAAGAAACCAAGCCUUUCUCAGUAGCUGCUGGGCAUGGUGACUGCGGAGCCUCAUUUGGUAUUGCCUUCCUUUGUAGUGUUGUUUAUUUUACAAUCCAGAGAUUGGUUAGGCCAUGUGUUUGGUUCUGUGGACAAUUAAAAAAAAAAACAACUAACUAAAAGCUUGAAGGACUGGGAGAUGUGGAACGACCUCGACCUCCGGGUGUGAGUGUGGCGUCAUGGAAGGGCAGAGAAGCAGUUCUGACCACAGAGCUACACAGCAAGCUGUGCCAAAGGGUGGUACAAUGGGGUCCAGGAACCUGACUGGCCCAAAUAGCAAGUUGCGUUUCCCACUGGAGCCGCUUCAAACUCAGUGCGUAUUUUUUUGAGUUCCUCUUCCUACUAUGGAUUGCAAAAAAAAAAAAAAAAUUGGGAAGUGAGCUUCAAUUCUGUGGGUAAAUGUGUUUGUUUCUUUUUACUUUCUUUUUUGAUGUCUUGCCACCAGUUCCAGUAAAACUGUGCUGCGUUCAUUCA